AUGGAGCACAUUUCAUUCGGCCUAGUCGUCGUCGUCGUUCUCGCAGUCGGGGGCCGUAUGCACUUGACAACUUGGCUCUCUUUGUGA